AUGAAAGACAAGAUCCUUCCAAAUUGGUUUGGUCAUGAUUGUCCUCGGUGCGGUCAUGGGACUUUGGGCAAGUUGUCGUAUGUCAAGCCGAAGAAAGCAUGGGGGUACAGAUGCGGUCACAGGCACUGCCACAAACUUCUUCUGGCUCAUGACUUUCAUCCCAUCUUCUUCACGGGCGCAGGAAAUUCCUUCACAAGCCUUCGUCAUCAAGCGGCAGUGCUCUUUUGUGCGGUUGCCGGUGUCUCUUGUCAAGCUGCGCAUCUCAUUCUUGACCUUGAUCACAAAGCCGUGGAGCGGGUUUACACCAACGUUGACAUCGCUCGGGCUCGUUAUGUUCAGUUGAAAGAGAAGGAUAUCCAAUACGGAGGCAAGUGGCAGGACGUUGAAGUGGACGAAGUGGAUUUAGGAAAGCUUACGGUUGUUCUCCACAGCGACGGUGCCCGUGCCUACAAGUUAAAACUCCCGGGGAUGGUGCACUGCAACGUGGUGCACAAGAAAAAAAAGGUGAAGGUGAAUGGUAAGGUGCAAUGGGUGAAGCCACACUACACCAAGAUCUACACCUUGAAAUUGCCCACGGGGGGAACGAUGCAGGUGAAGCGCAAUAUGUGGGAGGUUACCGGCAAUAUGCUGGAUACCUUGUUUUGGGCAUCCUGA